CCCAACCCCCACGCCUGCUAUCCCCAAACAUGCGCUCAAAACCCCUUCCCAGGGACGGCUGUGUCCACCCCUCAGCAGGAGGAGGAGACCCCACAGCACCAGGCAUUUUGGAGGUCCUGCUGGAUGCUAAGCACCGACACCUCAACCCGGAACAAUACCAGAACAACCUGAGCAACAGCAGGACCAGCGAUGGCUCUCCCUGCUGGAGGAUUCCGGAAGUCACCUGGCUGGACCAAGCCCCCUCCGUGUUCUCUGUCAGCCCACUCCCCACAGCAGCUAGGCCUGGUGUGCACAAGCAGACUAAUAAAGGCUUGAGGACAAAAAGGGUUUUGAGUGAUAGGUGAAAAAAGAAAGGAGAUAGGGCUGGGCCAACAGGCUGUCCCUGGUGGUAGGAAGCCCUCAGAGGUCAGAGGAACCCCAGAGGUGGAGAGGGGGACACGGUGGGGGCACAAAGAAGGCUUCCAGAGCCACAGCCUGGGCGAGUUCUGACAUGGAGCCCAGCCUCAUACGGCCUCUUCCGCUAGUGGCUGGCUUUGCUCCUGGCCCGAGGUAGCCCAACAGCUGGGCAGGGGAAAGGUGCAGGGGCAGAAGGUAGCAGAGGGAGAAAAGGGCCCCCUGUCUGCCUCUGGCCCCAAAGACAAGUCCGAAUAGGGCCAGAGGGAAAUGGCCGGGCCUUGGGGUGCCCCAGGGUCUUGGAGGGGACCGGGUGUUCAGGUUUCGCACAAGUCCAGGAGGCGCCGGCGACCCC